AGGUUGCGCGCGCAGCACCGCCACCGCCCACCAAACCCCGCGUCUCCGUUGCCAGGGAAACUGGGGGCGGUGCGCUUUCCGGCGCUGUCGCGGCGAGUCGCAGCUGUCAUGGCGGAGACAGUCUGGAGCACUGACACCGGGGAGGCUGUGUAUCGCUCACGGGACCCCGUGCGCAACUUGCGCCUCCGAGUCCACUUGCAAAGAAUCACAUCGAGCAACUUCCUCCGUUACCAGCCUGCUGACCAGCUUGGGAAGGACCUCAUAGACUUGGCCACUUUUAGGCCUCACCCAGCUGCCAGUGGACACCGCUCAGAGGAAGAGGAAGAGGAAGAGGUCGUGGUCGGGUGGCAGGAGAAACUCUUUAGCCAGUUUGAAGUAGAUCUGUACCAAAACGAAGUGGCCUGUCAGAGCCCUUUGGAUCAUCAGUACCGACAAGAGAUCCUGAAGCUGGAGGAUUCAGGUGGCAGGAAGAACCGACGCAUUUUUACCUACACGGACUCUGAUAGAUACACCAAUGUGGAGGAGCACUGUCAGAAGAUGACCACCGCAGCCCAGGAGGUGCCAUCGUUCUUGGUCGAGCGGAUGGCAAAUGUCAGGCGGCGACGGCAGGACAGGCGAGGGAUGGAAGGUGGCAUCCUCAAGUCACGAAUUGUCACCUGGGAACCUUCAGAAGAAUUUGUCAGGAACAAUCAUGUCAUCAACACCCCUCUUCAGACAAUGUACAUCAUGGCAGACCUGGGGCCUUAUGGAAAGCUUGGCUAUAAGAAGUAUGAACAUGUCCUCUGUACUCUGAAGGUGGACAGCAAUGGUGUGAUCACAGUAAAACCUGACUUCACCGGCCUCAAGGGACCCUACAGAAUUGAGACGGAAGGGGAGAAGCAGGAGCUGUGGAAGUACACCAUCGACAACGUGUCCUCCCUAGCACAGCCGGAGGAGGAGGAGCGGGAGCAACGUGUGUUCAAGGAUCUCUGUGGCCGCCACAGGGAGUACCUCAGCAGCCUGGUGGGCACUGACUUUGAGACGGCUGCCCCAGGUGCCCUCCGGCUCUUUGUAAAUGGAGAGGUAGUUUCGGCCCGAGGCUACGAGUAUGACAAUCUCUACAUGCACUUCUUCGUGGAGUUGCCAACCACUAAUUGGUCAAGCCCAGCAUUCCAGCCGCUCUCAGGAAUAACACAGACCUGUGCCACCAAAUCCGUGGGAAUGGAUAAGGUGGCUUACUUCUCCUAUCCGUUUACAUUUGAGGCCUUCUUCCUCCAUGAAGAUGAAUCUGCUGAUGCUCUGCCAGAGUGGCCUGUGCUCUACUGUGAGGUCCUCUCCCUGGACUUCUGGCAGAGGUAUCGCGUGGAAGGCUACGGGGCUGUGAUGCUACCCACCACCCCAGGCUCGCACACCCUGACAGUCUCCACAUGGAGACCCAUGGAACUUGGCACGGUGGCUGAGCUGAGGAGGUUUUUCAUUGGCGGCUCUCUGGAACUGGAGGACCUCUCCUACGUGCGGAUACCAGGAACCUUCAAGGGGGAGCGUCUGAGCCGCUUUGGGUUCCGCACCCAGACCACAGGCAGCGUCACCUUCCGCCUUCACUGUCUGCAGCAGUCCAGGGCCUUCAUGGAGUCCAGUGUCCUGCGGAAAAGGAUGCGGAGCGUGCUGGACCGUCUGGAGGGAUUCAGCCAGCAGAGUUCCGUUCACAACGUGCUGGAGGCCUUCCGUCGCGCCCGGCGCCGCAUGCAGGAGGCCCGAGAAAGCCUUCCCCAGGACCUGGUGAGCCCUUCAGGGACCAUGGUUUCCUAGCUCACAGCUGCACUGGCCCCUGUGCAAGAGGACAAGACAAGCGAUGUCUAACGCUGGUGCCCCCCAGCCCCCCACCUUCAUCCUUCUGACUGGUGACCCCACUGACCUGCU